GUCUUCUCAAUCUUAAACAAUCUUAAAGUUGAACUCGCCUCAAAUCAAACGAAUAUCUUCCAUUAUACCGGUAUUACGCAUACCGUGUGCUUCUAGGCACGGUCAAUACUACAUAAUCACAAACCAGAAAACCAGAAAAAACGCCCUUUCUAAAUAUCAGUUAGCCAUGCCCGGCAACAUGUCAGCACCAGAAUCGACCAAGAGCGGAAAGCGUAAAGGCACCAGAAGCGUGUCAAGUCUUACUCCUGCACAGCUUGCCCGAAAGCGGGCCAAUGAUCGGGAAGCACAAAGGGCAAUUCGGGCACGGACGAAGGAGCAUAUUGAGAACCUUGAGAGAGAAAUAGAAGACCUUCGAAACCAUCAAAAUCGCGAUCAAACCAUUCAGAAUUUGCUCCGGAAGAAUGAAGCCUUAGAGGAAGAAAUUCGUCAAUUACGAGGGUCUAUGGGAUUGCGCAACAACGACGCCAACGACCCCUAUCAAGCCGUCUUCCAUGGCUCCAGUCCUCCCCGUCCAUCUUCGUUUCCUCAUGCCGCUACAAGCUACCCUAUCUUGCAGAGCAUGGCUGCUUACCAUAACAUACCUGAUACUACAGAACCAUGGUCUUCAAACGUAGCAUAUUCUAUAACAUCCACAGCUUCAAGUCCUGCCUCUUCCGGAGGUACAGAUGACUUUGGAAGUAAUUACAUCUCCACAAGCGCCCCAACAACCUCUCUUGAGAGGUCAAGUCUCCCGUCUAGCAGUCACUCCCCUACCGCUGCUUCGUUCGAACGCAGCGAUAGCGGUUUCGAAAGCAUGAAGCCAGAAUUUGGAUGCUCACAAAUCGGCGCCAUGCCUAUGAACCCUACUUAUCACUUUCAGCCGUGGAACACGUACCCUAUGCAAUACCAGGCUUCCCCGACAACUUUGGAUCAUGUGCACCAGAUGUCGCAAAUUGGGCGAUGUCAAUUUUGAUUGCAUAGUCUCGUAUCGAAACGAGAUGCAAUACGUGUCACAUGCCGGGCAUUACCGACGCUUGGUGGUUGUGGAAUGAGGAUGACCACAACUGGUCGUCAUCCUAGAACCUACCCGCUCGAA